GGUCCCGUCUGUUCCAGGCCACGCGAAAGACGCCCUGGGCCUGGCGCACAUGCAGGAGCAGACGCUGCAGCUGGAGCAACAGGCCAAAGUCAAGGAAUAUGAGGCCGCUAUAGAACAACUGAAGAAUGAACAGAUCCGGGUGCAAGGAGACGAGAGGAGAAAGACAUUAAAUGAAGAAACCAAACAAAAUCAAGCGAGAGCCCAGUACCAAGACAAGUUGGCACGGCAGCGCUAUGAAGAUCAGUUGCGACAACAGCAACUCCUUAAUGAAGAGAACUUGAGGAAACAGGAGGAAUCUGUGCAGAAGCAGGAAGCCAUGAGGCGAGCCACCGUGGAGCGGGAGAUGGAGCUGCGGCAUAAGAAUGAGAUGCUGCGCAUUGAGGCAGAGGCCCACGCCCGUGCCAAAGCUGAGCGUGAGAACGCAGAUCUCAUCCGAGAGCAGAUCCGCCUCAAGGCAGCUGAGCAUCGCCAGACUGUGCUGGAAUCCCUCAAGACAGCUGGUACGUUGUUUGGGGAAGGAUUUCGUGCCUUUGUAACAGACUGGGACAAAGUGACAGCCACGGUGGCAGGCCUGACGCUGCUGGCUGUGGGCAUUUACUCUGCCAAGAAUGCUACAGGGGUUGCAGGGCGAUACAUAGAAGCACGUCUGGGGAAACCCUCCCUGGUGAGAGAAACCUCGCGUAUCACGGUGCUGGAGUCACUGAAACACCCUAUCAAGGUGGGUAAGCGUCUUACCAGCAAAGCUCAAGAUGCUCUUGAAGGAGUCGUUCUCAGUCCAAAACUGGAGGCCCGUGUGAGAGACAUUGCCAUAGCAACAAGGAAUACGAAAAAGAAUAAAAGUCUCUACAGGAAUAUCCUUAUGUAUGGCCCACCCGGUACUGGAAAAACACUCUUUGCCAAGAAAUUAGCCAUGCAUUCAGGCAUGGAUUAUGCCAUCAUGACCGGUGGCGAUGUCGCCCCUAUGGGGCGGGAAGGAGUUACUGCCAUGCACAAGCUCUUUGACUGGGCCAACACGAGUAGGAGAGGCCUCUUGCUGUUCGUGGAUGAAGCAGAUGCGUUUCUGAGGAAAAGGGCAACGGAGAAAAUCAGUGAAGAUCUAAGAGCCACAUUGAAUGCGUUCCUGCACCGGACUGGGCAGCAUAGCAACAAGUUCAUGCUUGUUUUAGCGAGUAACCAGCCAGAGCAGUUUGACUGGGCCAUCAACGACCGGAUAGAUGAGAUGGUGAAUUUUGACCUGCCGCAGCUAGAAGAGCGGGAGCGGCUUGUCAGGAUGUAUUUUGAUAAGCACGUCCUGAAGCCAGCCACUGAGGGAAAACAGCGGUUGAAGCUGGCCCAGUUUGACUAUGGGAAGAAGUGCUCUGAUAUUGCCAAGCUGACAGAGGGCAUGUCUGGGCGAGAGAUCUCACAGCUGGCUGUGGCAUGGCAGGCUGCAGCGUACGCAUCAGAGGACGGGGUCCUCAGUGAGGCCAUGAUCGAUGCCCGCGUGGCUGACGCUGUGCAGCAGCACAAACAGAAGAUGGAGUGGCUGAAAGCAGAGGCUGCAGAAAUGGGCAAGCAGCCCGGCAAGGACCGGCUGAUACCUUUCCCCACGGGGACCUCUGUGUGAGAAGCGGCCUGCAGGCGCCAGACUCGCAUGCGUGGGGUUGGGGGAGGCCCGGCCCGGAGGCCUGCUGGGCACACGUGUCCCUGGAAUCAUGUCAGGGUGAGGGGCGGCCAUCGCUGCUGGAGGGGGCACCGCCUGCCUCCCCCCUCACCAUUUUAUACCUCGAGGUAGCACCAGAGAUUAUGGUGGUUUGGACGAAGCCAGUGCCUCCCAUUAAAGGAGCCCCCUGCCAAAG